CACACUUUUCUGUAACCAGCCUAAAGUUUUCCUCCUCAUCCAUGACGCUGGCCGUUGAUGGAACGAAGAAGUCGCUAGACCGCCUAUAAAGCACAAUUGGGACUUCAAUGCCUGUGAAUCUUUUUAAAUCUCUUGAUUUUGGUUAGAUGAAAUAUGCAAUGUCCGCGGGUGAGUCGGGUUCUUUCUCUGCUACAUUCUGUUUUGUUUUUGGCAGCAAGCCAUGCCGAGUUCUCGCUGCCUGGCAGCCUCCUCUCUCCCGAUGCAGAAUCAGGUCGCUUUCUCCAGUCAGAUGUGUCCGUGGUCCAUCCAGUCAAAAUUUUCAGAGAUGGACAGUUUCUCUCCCACUCUCUGGCACACCGCGGGCGGCGUAAGCGAGACUUGGGGCCUUUGGAGGAACGCGUUUAUUAUAAGGUGAACUACAAGGGUCGUGAUUUGGUUUUCAAUUUAACAGUCAACAAAUAUUUGGUGUCAAACGAUUAUAUUCUGGAGAGACGAAAUGGGAGUGUGAACCGGACUGAGCCCCGUACCACAGGGGAGAACGCGUGCCACCUGAUCGGCACGGUGACGGAUUCUACUAAUGCGCGCGGGACAGCCGCCAUCAGCGCCUGUGAAGGCUUGAAAGGUUUGUUUACCUUGCCUGAGGGACCACACUUCAUUGAACCAGCCCAGGGGACAACUGAUGGUGCUGUGGAGGGGGAGGGACCAGAGCCCCAUGUGGUCUACCCCAGCAUUACAACAACAAUGCAAAGACACAAACGCAGCUCUGAGGCCCUGGACACACCGAGCCCCUGUGGGGUCAAAGAUGCGGCACGUGAUUCCCUAGUGGUGGAAAGAGAAAGGGAGGAGGAGGAUAGGGAGAAAGAGGAGGAGACGGCUCAGCAUCGCUCCCAACGCUCCGUCAGCAGAGAGAGGUGGGUAGAGACCAUGGUGGUGGCAGACUCUAAACUGAUUGAAUACCACGGCAGUGACAAUGUAGAGUCUUACGUCUUCACCAUCAUGAACAUGGUGAGAAGGACAUUUUGUGCAGGGCUGAAUCAGCCAUGUGAGACCCUUGGUCUGUCUCUGUCAGGGAUGUGCCAGCCUCACCGCUGCAACAUCAACGAAGACUCAGUACCUGUAGCCUUCACCAUCGCACACGAGCUGGGACACAGUCGUGGUUGGGGCUUCUGUCUGGACGACCGUCCCUCAAAGAAGGAUCUGACCACCCCACUGGCCCGUCUCGGGAUUCGCUACACCACACAGCACCAAUGCCAACUACAGUACGGCCCCAAUGCCACCUACUGUCACGAGAUCGAUAAUGUGUGCCAGAUCCUGUGGUGUUCAGUGAAUGGGUCCUGUCGCUCUAAACUGGACUCCCCCAUAGAUGGUACUCGCUGUGGCCCUGAGAAGUGGUGUAUCUCGGGGGAGUGUGUGAUCGUAGGGAAGCUACCAGAGAUAGUGAAUGGGAACUGGGGACAGUGGAGUAGCUGGUCUCACUGUUCCAGGACCUGUGGAGCCGGGGUGCAGUCUGCUGACAGGGAGUGUAACCACCCCAAACCAGAGUUUGGUGGGAGGUACUGUACUGGUGAGAGGAGGCGUUACCGUAUCUGUAACACCAAACCAUGUCAAAAGGCCAAACCUACCUUCAGAGAGAUGCUGUGUAGUGAAUUUGACACGGUACCCUACCAGAACGAACUGUACGAAUGGGUCCCUGUGGCCAGACCAUGUAAGAGAAAUUACACUUUUCAAUACUUCGAGUCCUUGCGAGCUCACUGUCGUCCAGUGCGUGAACAUUUCUCUGAGAAGAUGCUGGAUGCUGUGACAGACGGAACUCCCUGCUUCAUGAACAACAACUCCAGAAACAUCUGUGUCAAAUGGAGUGUGAAGAUGACGUUUGAUGGCGGGGAUGGCUUCGGCUACGUGGACGUGGGAGUGAUCCCAGAGGGGGCUCGUGACAUUGUUGUCCAGGAAGUGGAGGAGGCGGGGAACUUCCUGGCUCUGCGGGGUCAGAUGUCAGAGGAGUACUUCCUGAAUGGCCAGUACAUCAUCCAAUGGAACGGGGAGUACAAGGCAGGCGGAGCCACCUUCUACUAUGAACGCAGUGGGAACCUGGAGAACCUUACCUCCUCUGGACCCACCAAACAACCAGUCAUGAUCCAGUUGCUGUACCAGGAGAAGAACCCAGGUAUAAAGUACGAGUACACCAUCAAGAGGAGCCGCCAGACAGGAAAUGAGGUAAUCAAGUCGGAGUACAGGUGGAGGCAUGGGGCCUGGACAGACUGCAGCACCACAUGUGGGCUAGGUGAGCAGCAGCAGCCUGUCAGGUGUUUUGAGCUGGAGGUGGGUGUGGUAGAUGAGUCUCUGUGUGACCCAGAGAGCCGCCCGGAGGACAGACACCGCAAGUGCAAGAACAUGGACUGCCCCGUCAGGUGGUGGGUGGGGGGCUGGCAGCUGUGCUCUGCCACCUGUGGUUCAGGAGGGGUGAGGAAGCGCACAGUGAUGUGUGUUCGCACGGUGGCAGGGGAGGAGAGAGUCCUCCACUCUGGGGACUGUAAACAGCUGCUCAAACCCAAACCUGUGGUGCCCUGCAACAGAGACCUGCCCUGUGGACCCAACUGGGCCGUGGGCAGCUGGAGCGCGUGCCCAGUGACAUGUGGUGGUAGCGUGCGCUCCCGGACGGUCACCUGCCUGACCGCACCCAAACGAAAGUGUGACAUAGAAACCAUGCCUCGCUCCAAGUCUCUAUGUGCCCUGCUGAGCUGCCCAAGCGCAGGCCUCCGACGACGUCCAGGACCACCCCCUAAAUACCGCCGUGUCUACCCGCCCAAGAGACACCCCACCAGGCAGCCGGUUACACACGCCUGGGGUUCCAGAAACACCAGCCCCACCGCUACACCCAGAACCAUCACUGUGACUGAGAGAACUACAACCCCCAUCACCACCUCUACCACCAGGCCCCUUCCAUCAUCCUCCACAGCUUCUGACAUCAUCGACGUAGAUGGCUAUGAGUUGAACCUGAUAGUGGGGAAGAAUGGGAGUGUAGAGGAUGAGAAAGUUUUUUUUAUUACGACCAGUCCUACUGAAGAGGAGAACAGAGAGAGGGACAUGAGAGAAAAAGGGGAAGAAGAGAUAAAGGAGGAGGGGAGUACAUCUGAUUUUUUGUUUCCAGUCUCGGGGGUGAGGUACACCCCGGGAUAUGACUAUGUAGUGGAGGACGUCAUGACAACAGGGAAGGAGGGGCAUAUAGAUUUUGACAUUUUUACCACGGCAACCUCUCUUAGGACUCCCAAACAAUCACCAGCCACCGUGACCACCACCAGGUUACACCCUACAACUACACGACACACAAGUGUCCAAACAAAAACACUUACAACCCCACACGCAACCAGAGUACUCCGCACUACCUCCCCCUCAACCCCACAAACCAGCACUGGACGCUGGCCCGUGACCACCCGCCACUACCCCCUCACUCGCCCCAAAACCACCCCUUUCAUCAACCCUUCCACCCAACGGACAACCAGGGUGCCCCACACCACCCCUACACCCCUGGCACACACGGCAGGGGUGAGGAGUACACCCAAAGUCCGUUACCACAGUAAACAAGCACUGUACCCCACAACAGAAGGCACUUUCCACACUAGAGAUGCCCCCUGCUCUACUAGCCCAUCAUCAGAGGCCCCCCACCCCACUGCGAGGAUCAUUAAGCUGAAGAAACCCAGUGAGAUCCCAAAGAAUGGCAGCUCUGCCCCCCGUUCUAAAAUGCCAGGCCCACUGGCUAAGAAGCCUGCCUCGCGUUUUAAAGGCCCCUCCCCUCGUUCAAAAGGUAAAGGUCAGAAGCAGAAACCAGAAAGUCCCGUAGUGACCUUCACCAAUGACUAUGGCUACCUGAACGCCCAGGAGCCAAUCAGCAUGGAUGUGUUCUGGGUGGUGGGCAACUGGAGCGAGUGUUCUACGUCAUGUGGCCUUGGGGCAGUGUGGAGGCCAGUGCUGUGUAGCUCCCAGCAGGAAUCGGACUGUGCCAACCUGGAGAGACCGGAACCAGCUCGCACCUGCCACCUGCGCCCCUGUGCCACCUGGCUGAGUGGCAACUGGAGCAAGUGUCCAGAGCGAUGUGAGGUGGUGGGGAGGAGGCAGCGUGAGGUGCAGUGUGUGGAUGGGCAGAAGGGACAUCCACUGAGACCAUUCCACUGCCAAGCUCUUUCCUCCAGACCCCCCAGCACCCUGUCCUGUCGUCCCCAACCCUGCCAGCCCUGGAGAACUUCCCCCUGGGGACAGUGUUCUCGUAGCUGUGGUGGUGGAUUGUGGGAGCGGCUGGUGUACUGCCCUGAGCCGCAGCGCUGUAGCUCCACCCAGAGGCCAAACGACACAGAGACCUGCAACCUGCAGCCCUGCAGCUACUGGGACCCGCAGGACUGGGAGAAGUGCUCUGUGAGUUGUGGCGGGGGGAUGCAGCAUCGCGUGGUGGUGUGUGUCGUUGAGGACUCUAGCUCUGUGGAGAACAGUCUUUGUGACCAGAGCAACAGGCCUGACACAAUCAGGACAUGCAACUUGCAGGAGUGUAAGACUAACACAGGUCUGCUGUGUAGGAAGAACAGCAUGUCGUCUCGGUUCUGUGACAAGUUGAAGCUACUGGGCCGCUGCUCCCUCAGGUCCAUCCAGAAACAGUGCUGUGUCACCUGUAGAGGGUAAACUCUGACCCGCACUACACCCAUCUCAUGGACCCCUCUCAUACAAAAUGCACACGUACAGGGCUUCCACACUGCGAUCCUAUUGGUGGAUUUCAUCUCUAGUGCAAUCAGCCGACAGCAGCCUUUUCACCAUCAUCAUCAUAAUAACCCCCACAAACUGUCGUUAUCUUCAUUGGGCAGAAAUUCAUGGAGCUAUGGUACUGUGUACUGCUGCUGUGUGCAGUUUGUCUUAGCCAGUCUUGCACCUUCCCAGCUCUUCCAGGGUAUCAGGCCUCCAGCUGCCUCUAAAGAGUUAGUUAUGUCAACUUCUCUCCAAUAUCCCACCUGCUUUCCAAUACGGAUGAAUGUCACUCAGAAUGUAUACCUGUGUAAUCGGCUGCCAUGUUGUUUUCUAUUCAACGUUCCCCCACCACAGAAAUGAUGAUGACAUCCGGUAACACUGUGUUUACAUCCCCCUUUCAGCUGGUAUUUGCCUGGUAUUUACAAAGACAUUAGGAUGUGACAAUGGGUAUUUUCUGAUACUUAAUUAAUCCCCAAAACAAACAAAUUUGAUAAUUAUUAUGUCAUCAACAUUUUCCAUGUCACUUCUGAGCAGGGAUUGGCAAAAACGACAAAAUACAAUAACAAAGUACCAUAAAGAUCAAUGUAUCAAAAUAAACCACAAAAUACUUGAA